UUUGAGGCCCAACAUUCGAAAUGAAACCCUAAUCUAGUCGAUGACGACGAUAAUAUAACUCACUGAAUCUUCGUCCGCGAGAAAUUUCCUGCAACUCCUCUGAAAUCUAGGGUUUCUCUCUGCAGCCAACGAAAUGGGCAAAGGAACAGGAAGUUUCGGAAAGAGGAGGAACAAGACGCACACACUCUGUGUGCGGUGCGGCCGCCGCAGUUUUCACCUUCAGAAGAGCCGCUGCUCCGCCUGCGCCUACCCUGCUGCCCGCCUCAGGAAAUACAACUGGAGUGAGAAGGCGCUGCGCCGAAAGACGACGGGAACCGGGCGGAUGAGGUACCUGAGGAAUGUGCCGAGGAGGUUCAAGAGCGGCUUCCUGGAAGGUACUCAAGCUGCUCCGAGGCGAAAGGGUGCCGCUGCUGCUUCCUCAUAAGUUUUCAAAGCCCACUGAACUCAAACUCUGUUUUGUUUUCGAUUUGGUUUUUGUUUUGUUUGUCUUGAUAGUUUUGAAUUUUCACUUGAACAAGUUUUGGAUCAUUGUUUAACGGAUGUUAAUUGCUUAUUGUGUUAUUAGAGGAGUUGGUUAUGGUUUAGACUCUCUCCAUUUGCAGCUGCAUUUUGAUAUAAAUGAAAAUUACUCUCAAUUACAA